UUGUGGCCGCAGCAAAGCUGCUGGGGUCACGCUCUUCACUCCCCUGGAGGAGGCUGUCCCCUUAGUCCCUGAUGCCGAGAUGGAGGGAGUCGGGCGGCGCCACCGGAUCCGGGGAGCGAGGGCGCCCGCCGGGCAGUCCAGCCCGCCCUGGCGCCUUUUCCCCAGCCCACUGCGGCCGCCUUAGGAAAUGGAGGCUGGCCCCUGCCCUUCAUUGAGAGGAAGCCCAGGUGAUGGCUGUCAUUCCCCUGAGAGCCUGGCACCAGGAGGUGGUGACCUUUGAGGACGUGGCUGUGUACUUCACCCAGACAGAAUGGGCUGGCCUUUCUCCUGCACAGAGGGCCCUGUACAGAAGUGUGAUGCUGGAGAUUUAUGGGAACUUGACAUCUCUGGGAUACCCAGUUCCCAAACCUGCGUUGGUCUCACUUCUGGAGAGAGGGGAGUUGCCUUGGGGCCUGGAGACACGGGAUGAUCCCCCUGCACAGGGGACCAAAGACAUCUGUAAAAAUGCCAGGACCAACGUUGACGAUGAGUUAACACCAACAUGGGGAGUUUCUGAAGAAAGAGACAUGAUGAUGUCACAUGGGCCACAGAAGAAUGUUCUUAAGAGAAACAGCUUGCUAGAAACACGUGAACUGGAGAAGCACCAGGAAAUCCCCACAGUGAAAAAUAUUAGAGGAAAGGUUCCAAGAAUCCACUAUGAUAGGAAACCCUUUGGAUGUGAGGAAUGUGGGAAGUGCUUCAGCUAUUUUUCUUACUAUGUUAGACACCAGAGAAUCCACACUGGGGAGAAACCCUUUGAGUGUAAUGAGUGUGGAAAAGCCUUUAAUGGCAAUUCUUCAUUAAUUCGACAUCAGAGAAUCCACACUGGAGAGAAACCCUAUCAGUGUGAAGAGUGUGGGAGAGCCUUUAAUGAUAACGCGAAUCUGAUUAGGCAUCAGAGAAUCCACAGUGGGGACAGACCCUAUCUCUGCAAGGAGUGUGGAAAUGGUUUCACCAGUAGUUCUGAGUUUGUAAUACACCAGAGAAUUCACACUGGGGAGAAACCCUAUGAGUGUAAUGAGUGCGGAAAAGCUUUUGUUGGUAAUUCACCACUGCUGCGACAUCAGAAAAUCCACACUGGAGAGAAACCUUUUGAGUGUAAUGAGUGUGGCAAAAGCUUCGGACGGACUUCUCAUCUUAGUCAGCAUCAGCGUAUUCACACAGGGGAAAAGCCUUAUUCUUGUAAAAUAUGUGGGCAAGCCUUCAAUUUUCAUACAAAACUAACUCGGCACCAGCGAGUCCACAGUGAGGUGAAACCCUUUGACUGUGUAGAUUGUGGAAAAGCCUUCAGUGCUCAGGAUCAAUUAAAAAGGCAUCUAAGAAUCCAUAUUCAGGAGACUUCCUAUGUGUGUGAUGAGUGUGGAAUAGUCUUUACUAGCAAAAGAAAUCUGCUUCAGCAUCAAAGAGUCCAUACUAGAGAGAAACCCUGUGAAUGUGUCAAGUAUGAAAAAACCUUUAGGACUUCUUCCCAGCUAGAUCAUAUCCACCCUGGAGAGAAGCCAGUGCUGGAUGUUGGAUGUUUUGGCCUCCCAGAAUUUUUUACCCCCUUUUACUGGUAAUAGUACACUAAAUUUCCUUUUGGAUUCCAUCAUCCACUCAGGGGUAGAAUUUGUGACACAGGCCCAGCUCAGCUGCAGAUUCCUUCCCUCAGUCUAUAGCUGUUGGUUCAGAUGUCAGUAGAUAACCCAAGAUAGUCCAGUUAGAAUCCCAGACUUGGCAAGAGUUAAUAACCUUGUAAAUGGUGAGUGUGGCCCUGGCACAACAACCAGACGGCAGACUGUGGCCUGGCAAUCCUUUCGCCUUCCAGUUGUUAACAAACUUUUGACAUUCCUACUCAUUAAGAUCUUAAUCAUUCAUACUCGUUAUGCAGCUGGGCCUCCUAAUGGGCAGUUUCACAGUAGCUGAAUGGUAUUGGAGAGCCAUGUGCACCCAUGUGGACUUUGGAAAGCCUGCCAAUUAUGAAUUCCAUGGUAUUGAAUAAUCCUCAAACCUCCCAGUACUUCACUGAACAAGAAUUUUCUACCACCCUUAGCAUAUGGUGUCUGCUCUUUGUCAUGGAGAGAGGAGACUGGAAAAAUGAGCAAUGUUUGUUCUUUGGGAGUGGUUGAUUAAUGUGGCUGCGGGGCAGGCAUGAAUCCUGGGGUACCACCCCCCCAGGAAGAAGAGUGAGGUCUGUGUGCCUUCCUAGGGCACAUGAGCUAUUCUGGGCCAGUCUCUGAGAUGCAAGGACCCGAUGCCCAAGGCAGGAGCCUCGAGUUUACCAUCAUCAUCAACCUUGCUUUUCAGCAAAUGGAAAAACUUCUUGCUGUCGUGAAAGGAUAGCAAGAACAUUAGAUGGGUGGCUGCAGCCCCUGACCCUAAGUGAAUCCCUUUCUACCUUGUGCUUCAGAUUCUGUGCUAUGCAGUGGGUGGUCAGUGAUAGGGAAUCUGCUGCUUUCACCGAGCCAGCAUCUGUCCUCAUGUCCAAGUGCAGCACCUCAGCUUUCCUUUGGGAGCUACAUCUUAACCUGCUUCCAGGCCAAAUAGUUUCAGAGGGCUGACCCCACCUUCCACCCACCUGGCCGAUCCCAUUUUCCAUCCUCUGAUUGCUGUGAUCAGUGCAAGGAUGAGAAUGUUAUCCAAGCCAGGCCAAAGGCAUUCCAAGCCAUGAGUUUUCAAGGAAGCCUGCUGAAGGAGAAACCAUUCCCAGUAUGGACUUUGAGCUUGUGUCGUCUUGGAGUUGCUGGAUGCAAUGAGAGAAACUGUGCCUGUGAAUGGGACCACAAGGCACUCAGCAGGCUGAUGGUUGGAGAGGGACCAGGUUACACUACAAGCAUGUGAGCCCUUGGACCUGAUACCUCUGAACCCAGUCUUCAGCUUGUCUCUCGUCAUCCAUAACACCCAAGACAUGGUGGCUCCUAAUGUAAUCUUCUUACGGUGUCUCUCGAUAACAUGUGGACUCCUACAAGGCCAAUUAACAUCACAACUUUUGUUGAACUGGAUCUGGGAUUCUCCAGGGCUUUGGCUUCCGGGCAAUGAAUGACUGGCUGAGUCAACACAGGCAGGAGGUUGGUCUCCUCCGGACAUACUAGUCGGUGCAGACAGGAGCCAAUGUCUUCAGGACCUGCUGAGAGGCUCCGCCGCGGGAAUAAAAGCUUUUAUGACCCCAGCAUGAGCCACAGCCACCCCCCACCUGCCCAGGAGACCCUCCAAGACCAGCAGUAUGCCCAAUCUCCUAGGUGCAGGUCAUGGAGCAUCUGAUCUUCAUCCGAAGAUAGAACACUGUGAUCGGCUUCAGAAGCAAGCUUGGAAUAUCCUUUUAAUAAUUCAAUUAAACUUUACAAUAAUGUGACAUAACAAAGUGGCAUCUCGGAUGUAGGCAGUAAGUAGAACACCUCAGUACAUAUAAAACCUCAAUAUCCACAAAGGUAUAUCAUUGAAACUUAAUUUUUCUAUAUAAAUUAUCUUCAUUUUGACCAAACAUAGUCAAAUUAAGACUAAUUUGUUUGCAGAAUAAAUCUGGUUUCUGUAUACUUACCCUGAUUAUUUACGUAAGUGUAAUUGAUCAUAUAGGCCCUUUUAAAUUUGGCUUUAUUGCAACUUUUCAUAAGGGAUCUCAAAUUGAACUUUUAAAAGGCCUCUCAAAGCCAGGAAAGCCAUGCCAUUAGAUUCUACCAGCAGUACCUACAGAUUUAGGUGGAUUCCUCUCUAACUAUGUUCCAAAAUAUCUUGAGGUUCGUAUUUCUGCCAGGAAGUGGACUUCCUUUUUCACCUGGAAAGGCUGUGAGAAACCUAAGAGAUUCUACAUUCAGGAGGAAUCAGGUAGAGAGAAAAGAUAAAUGCUUCAGUUCUGCUUACAAAGGAAUAAUUUACCAAAUUGCUGUAAGUCAUACUUUGCUUAAGGGGAAAGGUUUCCUUAUAUCUGGAAAACAAAGAUGAAAAGCCAGUAAUAUUUCAGACAAAAAAUCAUAAAAAUUAUAAUCAUAUUUAUAAGCUCAUUCAAUCCCAUAUAAUUAAUUUUUGUUCUGCUUGAGUCCAGUUUUCCCAUUAGUUUUGGUGAACCUUGCCUGAUGAUUGAGGAUAUUUUUUUAAAGUUUUUGAGGUUUUUGUUAAGGCUUAUAUGAUUUGUCACGUGAAGUGGGUGCCUUGUUCACUAGAGAUUGUGGAAAGUAUACCGCAAGUGGAAAACACAUUUUCCAACAGUUUCUUUGUCAUUUUGAGGGCAUCAGCCUUGCAGCCAGGGAAGGCCUUAACCCAUCAAAUAGAAGUGGGGUUUGCCAGGAAGCCAGGAAAAGCCAAGCAGCCGUCUUGGUUUCCCAUAUCCCAGACUGUUUAAUUCACAGCUAUUGUUUAUUAAUUUAUCUGAUUUAGGAGCAGACUGUUGCCGUGUUAUAAGGCCAUCAGGAUGGCAAAAGUCUGACAAUGAGGUGUUAAUUUUUUGUAGACACAGAAUGCACUUCACCUACAAGUGCCAUCAGCUCUGUUGCUGUUGCCUUUGCAUGAAAGAGCAUCUCCCUAAUACCCGGGGGUUCAGUCCCUUUAGUGUGAGCCUUGAUUUUGAUGACAAAGAAACAUUCUAUGUCAGGACAUAUAAGAUUUUCAGGAAUUUCAUAUAAUUUCUGGAACAUUUACACUAUAUACUUAUAGACAUAAAGAAGGCUUAAUGUUGACAAUGCUUCCCAUGUAAUAUAAUAGACCAAAUAAGCAUAAUUAGUUGAAUAUCUCUCUCUCUGAGACACUUCCGGACAGUAUCACUUCAUUUUCCAUUAACUAAAUCCAUUUUCUUUCUUCAAUCCUCCUUUUACUGAAAACACACAUCUUUUUUUCCCUUGAAUACUCAAAUGUUUACCUUAUUAUUUCUACUAACUUUAAUUACAUAUAUACUAUUUAACCCUUGAAAACCUUAAUCCCUAACAAAAACCAAGAAACAGUACAUUGUGAACUGUCUGUUAUACCAGCGUUUCCUGAUUGGCAAGCUUAUCAACAUAUUUCAACAACCUUUAGAAACAUACAUUUUCUCAUAGCAUGAUUUCUCUUCUCAAUGUGGUAAGACAUGUGUCCAAUAAACCCAAACAUCUUUAGUUUUUCUCUGAUAAGACAAAGUAGGUAAAUUUAGACAUGCUGAGCAAUUAAUGUUUUAGUAUUUUUAUCUUAAUUGGAAAUGAUCUGCAUAGUUAGUGAAUUCCCAUCAUUUAAUUUAAUUUAGCACAACUCCAAAGUUUCAUGUUACCCAAAAUCUGGAGAAACUCUUUUUAGGUAUACAUACCAUAAUGCAUAAUCAAUUUUUUAAAAACGUAAUCAUUUUUAAAGAGUUCACCUAAAAGCUUUUAUCCCAUUUAUCUCAAUUUUAUUACUUAUGAAAAUACCACCAUACUAAGUGAAUUUUCUUGUUGACAAAUUUUGUAACAGAGGUAGCAUGAGCUUAUUGACUUUUAGGAAACCUAGGUACCAAAUAAAAGUAUUAUACUUCAUACUGAUGACCCUAAAGGCAUGUUUGUAUUAAUCAAACCAACAACUUAAACUUAUUUUCAUUUACUGAAGAUUAAUCCUAGAUCGCAUGCUCCUCUAAAAAUUUGGGUUAGCUUUUUGUUACAAUUAGAAAUAUCUGAUUUGUAAAUGCGUAUUUUUAAGUCAAUUAAAUAGAGCUCUUUUGUGAAUUCAUUUUGAUGAUAUCAUCUGGAAGUAGAAACACACUUGUAACAGACAUACAGACAUACACACAUCCAGAUAGACACAGAGAUCUCAUAGUUUUCCUGCCUGAGUUUUAAAAGGCCUUUUUAUUCCCUUCAGUUUUACAUUCUACUAAUUGAGCCAAGGCUGUAGUCUCAAACAACGUGGGCUGCGUUUGCAUUUCAAGGACAUGAAAAGAGUCAUAAUUACAAGUUUUCUCCUAGGAGUACUUUUAUUCUUACAGGGUCAGAAUUUUGAAAAGAUGUUGUAUCAAGCCAGCUUUCUUUAAUUGUGCACACAAAAAUCAGUUUUGAAUGUCAAAAAAGUUCCAUCCUGGCCAUUUUUGGAUUAGGUAAGUACUUGUAAGUAUUAGUUCCAUACCAAUUGUCGAAGCCAGCUAGAGUGUCAGUGGGUGGAUGCCUGCCCGGGAGCUGGUAGGUUUUAGAAGCGCAAUUUCCCGCUUUCUUCUAGUUUCAUUCUAUUAUAAAGUACACAUCUAAAAUUAAAUUUAAAUUUCCAAUUUUAAGCCAUUUUUUAAAAAGUCAGCCAACGCAGUUCACUCCAAAAUUUCUUCCAGGCCUUCCUGCUUAGAAAUUCCCCCAGGUCCUCUGUCUAGGAAUCCCCCCUAGGUCCUCUCCCUGGAAACUUACCCCUAGGACCUCUUCACCUAGGAAAUAUACCAGUAUCCCCUUAAGACUCUAAGUCUGAAGAUAACAGCUCAAAUAAAAGUCAAACUGUCACUUAGCACAAGGAGAUCCAGAUAUGAGGAAGAACUCACCAGAGCACCUGAAGGGUGCUGUGAAGCCAGAGGGGCUCAAAGGGCCCGGGCGUGGUCUCCCGAGCAGCUGUCCAAAGUGGAUCCAGGUGACCUCAGGCGGGCUUUUCUGAUAUCCUGCCGACUAUGCCAAGUAAUUUCAGUGAAAAUAAUCAAUAAACAAUCCAGAAUAGGAAUAGAAAAGAGUUUUGUUUUAUAAAAGAGCCAGACUGAGGACUCUAACCCAGAAGACAACCUCUCAGAUAACUCUGAGGGGCUGCUUCGGAGAAGCAUGGUUUCCAGUACAGCUUUAUAUCUUGUCAGAACAAAGAACAUUAAAGUCAGGGAUACAUUCCUUCAAGGUUUCAAUUCAAAAAUAAACAAAGAAAAAAGAAAAAACUACACAUGUACACAACAAGUCAGUAUGGCCUUGACACCUGGGAAGGAGUCUUACCAUUGAAGGGUCUUACCAGCAUUGGCAUCCCAGGAAGGGAGGCAUUUAAUCUUUAUUUUUAACAUGGUCAUUCUUUACUUCUGGUCAGUGUGCCCUUUUCUUUAAAAAUUAAAGCAGGUGAACAAUGUAUGUUUGACAGCCCACAAACUGGCUAUUUUUAAGUUAGCAUAAAAUUUGAGUUAAAUCAUGUAUAAGCCAGAAUGACUUCCCUGUACCUCAGUAUGUGAAAAUUUCUUUUAUCAGUGCAGAAUAACACUAUCUUCUUACUAUUUAUGCCCAGCUCAUGUACUGCAACACUGUCAUUAUCACACACAUUAAACAAAACACCUUUCAACACAAUCCUUAUCAUUACCAUCAUAUUAUCACUGGGAGGUCUCCCACCCCAUCAGGGU